AUGGUAGGACGUGCGCCGAAGAAACGACGGACGAAAGCGGAUGACGAGAUCCUACCCUUGCCUCAGGAACCACGAGUCACACCUAGCGCGAAUUUAUAUCAAUCGGCUCAGGAUAGCGGGUCUCUCUCCCAGCCAGAGGCCAGCAUGUCCAUGCUAGCGGGUCACUUACCCGCCUUGAAUAAUUCAAUGGGAGGCUUCGCGAUGGGGGAUUAUCCAGCCAUAUCUGCUGAAACAGAAAUCAAUAGUUACUUGCAGAAUCUAUUAAGCGAAUACCCAGACCUGCCGCUGAUUUCGCCUGGUGCGACCGAUCCUUUUUGGCUGUCAACAGGAAACGUGGUGCUCGAUCAAUCUUCGCAUAUGCAUAAGACCUCCAAUUCUGAUGGCGCAUCUGGAACGACUGGCCCACGACAACCAUCUGUACCUAGCUCACAUACGUCAGCAACGUCAGUUAUGUCAAAUAAAAACACACCGAGUUCCGUGGGCCCCUUGCAGACGGCGGAAUCCGUGCGGUCCCGAUUAGUGGAACAUACUGAUACGAGGAUCCCGUCGAUUUAUCGUGAUCAGUCUAUGGUGUCGCAGUACCCGCAUGCCGCCGCUCUGAUGAGGAUAAUCGAGUACUUGGAAGAGCAGCUCCAAAUUCCCCGAGUCCCGAUCGAUCAAGCGAUGCGGCUGAACCGGCAGGCAAUGACAAAGGUACGGGAAGUGAGCAACACCGACGAGUUUCGACGAUGCCAGAGUUGUCCGCUCUUGGCGGCCACCGUCAUGGAUCUGGUCGUGGGGCUAUAUGAACUCGUGAUCCUCUCCAUCCAGCGGCCUCGUGGUGAAGGCGACGCCAUUCCCUCGCCGGAUCAGAACAACCUGCCCUUAGGACAAAGCCCACUUCAACAGGGAAUAGGAACUGUAGACAUGACAAGUGACGGGUCGAGUCCCGGAUCGGCCAUCAGCGGCGCGUCAGAGCCCCCUCUUUUUCAAUUUGGAUGUCUAGAGUUCGAUCCAGAUGAGCAGGUGAUGUUCCGGGCUGCAAUGGUACGGCGUGAUUUGCGACGGUGUGUCGAAACGAUUCAGUUUUGCAUUCAAGAAAUCAUCGAGCGACAGAAGCUGGCCACGAACUCGCGCGACAGUCCUAUCAGUCGUGGGAUAUCUCAAGCGAGGGGGCCGUCGAGUAAUGUGCACACACAGUGGUACCAAGAGAUGGCAUAUCGGGCCAAGGAGCUUCUGUCUGCUCUUCCUGCUCAGUGUGGCCAUCAUUGA